UACAUGAGAUGUAAGUGAAUACGACCUUGUUGUCCUCAAGUGUCGUGCAUGCAUUUUGUGCACUUGUUCCGUUUGCAUGCACUCGCGCUUUCUCUCUCUCUAUAUUCCCAUCGUCUCUGUUUUCUCACUCUAGACCUGUAAAUACACAUAUCUGUAUCGUUGUGUCUAUUCAGUUUAAUUUAAUUGAAUUUAAACUCUGCCGAAAACAGAAGCCCCACCUGGGUCAUUGACUACCAACCGCCGCCGAAAGCAGCCCGUUGUUUUCUGGGCUCUCUUAUGUACUCCAAGGGUUUAUGAUUGAAGGAAUGAGUUUUGUUGAAAUGGGGUCAAGGAUUUGCAUGAAUGAGGUUUGCCGUACAACGACGUCGUCUGAAUGGAAGAAAGGUUGGGUCUUGAAAUCAGGUGGAUUUGCUACCCUUUGUAACAAAUGCGGAUCUGCUUAUGAGCAUUCAGUUUACUGUGAAACAUUCCAUCCGGAUGAAUCUGGUUGGAGGCAAUGCAGUAUAUGUGGAAAGCGUAUCCAUUGUGGAUGCAUUGCUUCGAGAGAUUUGCACGAGUACAUGGAUUCUGGAGGCAUAGGGUGCAUAAACUGUGUUAAGAGUUCGGAAAUUCAUUCAAUGCAAUCAAUGCAGAUCCAUGGUGAUGACAUUCCUAAUGCUACAUUUAUGACAAAUGGUACUGGAGCUUCGCAACUCAUGGUGGUUGAAAAUAGAAAGGAUGAUGAUAAUUAUGGUUUUGAGAGGCUCCUACAUUUGGCGAGGACUACAGGAGCCAGUAAAAUUGGGCAACUCUCUCACUCUCAUCAAGAUGGUUUAAAUGCAGCCCUUUCCGCGACCGACAAUACAUGCUUUGGGAAUCUCUCCCAAAAGUUGACUGGCUCUUCUGCGUUUAUGAGAACAGACUAUAGGAGACCAAUGCAUGGGGCUAAAGAAUUGUAUGAACCUUUGAACCAGCCGUCUCUAAAUUUCUCUUUGAGGCCUUCUUUAGUUACUUCGAAACCCAUGCCACAUUUUCCUAGUGGAAUUGUUGAAGGAAGUCAAUUGAACAUACGGGGGCCAAGGGCACGCGAUAUUUUGCCAAAGCCCCCAAAACCUAGUCCUGUUUUGGGUACUGAGACAAAAAAAGGAACUGCUUCACAGACACGUGUUGCGAGGCCUCCAGCUGAAGGGCGGGGCCGCAAUCAGUUACUUCCUCGAUACUGGCCAAAGAUCACAGACCAAGAACUGAAGCAACUAUCUGGAGAUUUGAAAUCCACUAUCGUUCCAUUGUUUGAGAAGGUUCUGAGUGCAAGUGAUGCUGGUCGAAUUGGUCGUCUGGUCCUCCCUAAAGCAUGUGCUGAAGCAUACUUCCCUCAUAUUAAUCAAUCAGAAGGUAUACCGAUUAGGAUUCAGGACAUAAAGGGAAAGGAGUGGACAUUUCAAUUCAGAUUUUGGCCCAAUAAUAAUAGUCGGAUGUAUGUCUUGGAGGGUGUGACCCCUUGCAUCCAAAAUAUGCAAGUACAAGCUGGUGAUACAGUAACGUUCAGUCGGAUAGAUCCUGGGGAUCAACUUGUCAUAGGAUGUCGAAAGGUUACAGACAAUGUUGAUACUCAGGAUCCCCAAACACCUGCACUUCCAAAUGAUGAUUCUCCUGGAGAAUCAUCUUUUUCUGGUCCUACAGACAAUCUGCUUUCAAACGGAGCUAAAACAAGUGAUGAGUCCAUGCAACAGAAUAAACCCGCAUCAGAGAAGAAGAAAACCCGAAAUAUGAAAAAUAAGAGGCUCCUCAUGCAUAAUGAGGAUGCUAUGGAGUUGCGGAUAACGUGGGAAGAAGCACAGGAUUUGCUUCGCCCCUCUCCAACUGUCCAACCCACAAUUGUCAUGAUCGAGGACCAUGCAUUUGAGGAAUAUGAUGAACCGCCGGUUUUUGGAAAGAGGACAAUUUUUACAUCUCAACAUUCUGGGGAGCAGGAACAAUUGGCUCAAUGUGACAUUUGCUCAAAAUGGCGGAGGUUGCCUGUGCAUGUUCUUCUUCCUGCUAAGUGGACAUGUUCAGAGAAUAUAUGGGACUCAAAUAGGUCUUCAUGUUCUGUUCCGGAGGACAUAAAUUCAAGUGAUCUGAGUGCUGCUUUUAGAGUUUGCAAGGAAUCUAAGAGGCGACGAGGUGCAGAUAACAAAACAUCCAAAGAUGGAGAACCUUCAGGGUUGGAUGCAUUGGCAACUGCUGCAGUUUUGGGAGAUAACAUGGAUGACUUAGCAGAGUCAUUAGUUGGAGCCACUACGAAACAUCCCAGACAUCGCCCAGGUUGCACUUGCAUUGUCUGCAUUCAGCCUCCCAGUGGAAAAGGUAAGCACGAGCCUACGUGUGAGUGCAACGUUUGUUUGACUGUUAAACGACGUUUCAAGACGCUCAUGUUGCGUAAGAAACAACGCCAAUCAGAACUUGCAGCUGAGCUUGUCCUCGGAAAGGAUGAGACUCAAGUCGACCUUAAAUCAGAAGACGAUGACAUUGCUGGGCACGCAUUGCUGCAGAUGAAUCUUCCGGAAAGCGAAAAAGGUAAGGACACAAACCCAAUGGACCUGGACGAUGGCAGCAAGGAACAAUUGGACUUGAACUGCCAUCCAGAUCGUGAAAAUGAACUAGUUGAGGCAGCCGGAAUGAGCUUGGCAACCCUAAUAAAAAAUGCUGACAUUCCAUCCGGGGCAGGUUUACAGAAGAACGAACUCCCAAGCUCAGAGCCUGAUUUACUCUCCCGAACUGCGAGUGAGAGUGGUGAAUGUAUCGUGGAUGAGGGGAAUAUCUUGUCUGGAGACGUCGAGCAGAAGAACAAGGGUGAAGAUGGUGAAUCUGGAACCGACUUGAACUGAUAUAUAGUUAUAUGUAUUAUUGUACUUGUUAAACUACAGAAUUGUCUUCUUGAAUGGCUCCGAAUCACAGUUGUUUUUGCUUUGAGUUAAACUACAGAAUUGUUUUUAUGAA